AUGCCGUUCCACCCGGACCUGAAGAUCCUCGGGGCGCAUCUGGAGAACUCCAAUGCACCGAGCAAGCUUGUGUCCAUGAAGCUGAAGGACAUCCGCGCUGGCUACAAACUCGGCAAUUGCGUGUACGCCAGAUCGAAGGAGAUCCAGAUACCUCCAGAAGAAGGAGGUCCCAGCAUUGAGGGCGCCCGCUCCAAGAAGCCCCCGUCGGGCUACAGCGACCGCGACCUCCAGCAGCGCUUCGGCGCGACCAGGGGGGACGGCGGGGGCGUGACCAUGACGGAGGAGCAGGCCCGGCAGUUCCAGAGGAGCAUGCGCGUGGCGGAGCGGAAGGACAAGGACGAGAAGAAGGAGAAGGAGGAGAAGAGAGAGAAGGACGGCAGCUCCAGGACCAAGGGCCGCAGCCGCAGCCGGGACAGGGGUCGCGACAAGAGCCGAGAGAAGGGCCAGGAUAAGAGCCGCGAGAAGAGCCGGGAGAAGGGCAAGGACAAGAGCCGCGACAGGCGCGGCCUGGGGCCCGGGGGGUCCCCCCAUCCAGGAGAAAGAGCCGCAGCCGCUCCCGGAAGAGCCGCAGCCGCUCCCGGAAGAGCCGCAGCCGCUCCCGGAAGAGCCGCAGCCGCUCCCGGAAGAGCCGCAGCCGCCCCCGGAAGAGCCGCAGCCGCUCCCGGAAGAGCCGCAGCCGCUCCCGGAAGAGCCGCAGCCGCUCCCGGAAGAGCCGCAGCCGCUCCAAGAGCCGCAGGAAAGGCAGCAAGAGCCGCAGCCGGUCCAAGAGCCGCAGGAAAGGCAGCAAGAAGGGCAGCCUGAGCCGGCGGAGGUAGCCCGCGGCGAGGCUGGCCUAGGGUCUUGCCAGGGCCCCCUGAACCAGGGCAUUGCUAACCAGGACCUCGAAGAAAGCGAGUUGGAGCGCGCCAGUGUCUUGCAGUAUGUCAAAGUCCCCGCUCAGGGGGCCAUGAUCUCGGGGCAUAAAGUGCCAGAGAGGGGCCACCUCUGGGGGAGUAUCCGCC